CAUCUCCAUCAUCGAACGCCAACCUCCAUUUCCCUUUCACAAACUCCCAUCCACAAACUCAGAAACCAAAUAUCUCCUCUUAAAAACUCUAACUACCAUCCACCCAUCUACCAAACCGCCACAAUGCCAGUCGAAGCCAUCACCAGCAAACAAGACUUCCUCACCAAAAUCCUCGACGCCAACAGCGGCCCCAUUGUCCUAGACGCCUGGGCCGAAUGGUGCGGCCCCUGCAAAGCCAUCGCCCCCAAGGUCGAAGAGUUCAGCACCCAAUACCCUCAAGCCAAGUUCUACAAGGUCGACGUGGACAAGGUGCCCGACGUUGCACAGGAGCUUGGCAUUCGCGCUAUGCCGACAAUCUUGUUCUUUAAUAAUGGGGAGAAGAUUACGGAGGUUGUUGGGGCUAAUCCGCAAGGGAUUGAGAAUGGGAUUAAGGCUCUUGUUGCGGUUUGAGGACCAUCGGAGAGGUUGUGUUAGUAUGUGACUUUGAGACUAUGGGCUAGUGGCCGCGCGGGGAUUAUGGGAAUGCGUGGGAAUCAUGGCUUGAAUGAAUGAUUUUACUCUUCGCUCUUCGCUUUUUUUGGUUUGAGUACAGGGACUCUGUAUCGUAGUCGAGUAAUUGUCUCGGCAAUUGAUAGAAGCCAAGUUCACGAACCUACAACAAACCAUAAUCAAAAGACGCAUAUACAACCAGUUCA